CACCCCUUGAAGACCGUUAACCAUACCAAAACAAAAAGAUGCUAGGGAAUUAUCCUUGGAUAAACAAAAACCAUGGCAAUAAAAUAGUUCAUGAACCGCCUAAAUUCAUGAACGGUUCCUAGGAUCUGAGUCUGAAUGAAUAAAUGGAUUUUCUCUGCAAUUCUUAGAAUUUCGACAUCUCGUCAUUCCUUCAUCUUCCUCUCCAUAUGUAGAAAUUAGGGUUUGUGAUAUCUACUUUUACGGUAUUUAGGGAAUCUUGCAUCUAAGUUGGUGACUUUGUGAUCUAAAGCAAUGGCUUGGUUUAGAGCUGGAUCUUCGGUAGCGAAGCUUGCUAUUAGGAGGACAGUAGCUCAGGGACGAUCUUAUGUAACAAGAACACACGUCAUUGAUUCGCGAACCCGCAAUACUGUUAAUUCAGUUCACCGUUGCUUUCAUAGCACGGUUGUUAAACCUAGAGCUGCUCCUGUUCCACGCCCUGUACCCCUUUCACGUCUUACUGAUAGUUUUCUGGAUGGGACGAGUAGUGUGUAUUUAGAGGAGCUACAACGCGCUUGGGAAGCUGAUCCUAAUAGCGUUGAUGAGUCAUGGGACAAUUUCUUCAGGAACUUUGUUGGCCAAGCAGCAACAUCUCCAGGGAUCUCAGGGCAGACUAUUCAAGAGAGUAUGCGUCUGCUGCUGCUUGUGAGAGCAUACCAAGUUAAUGGUCACUUUAAGGCCAAAUUGGACCCAUUGAACUUAGAGGAAAGGCCAGUUCCUGAUGACUUGAACCUGGAAGUUUACGGGUUUAGCGAAGCUGACCUAGAUCGUGAAUUCUUCCUUGGGGUAUGGAGGAUGGCUGGGUUUUUGUCAGAAAAUCGCCCUGUUCAGACCCUUAGAAAUAUCCUUAACCGUCUCGAGCAGGCGUAUUGUGGGAGUGUGGGUUAUGAGUAUAUGCAUAUAGCUGAUCAUGAGCAGUGUAAUUGGUUGAGAGACAAAAUUGAGACCCCUACACCAAUGGAAUAUAACAAGGAAAGGCGCCAUGUCAUGCUUGACAGACUUAUAUGGAGUACUCAGUUUGAGAGUUUCUUGGCAACUAAGUGGACUACAGCUAAAAGGUUUGGUCUUGAAGGGUGUGAAACACUCAUUCCUGGCAUGAAGGAGAUGUUUGAUCGAUCAGCAGAUCUUGGUGUUGAGAGUAUAGUCAUUGGAAUGUCACACAGGGGUAGAUUAAAUGUGCUGGGAAAUGUCGUGAGAAAACCCCUUCGGCAGAUAUUUAGUGAAUUCAGUGGAGGCACAAAACCUACUGAUGAGGUAGGACUUUACACAGGAACUGGAGAUGUCAAAUAUCAUUUAGGUACUUCUUAUGAUAGACCAACCAGGGGUGGGAAGCGGAUCCAUCUCUCUUUGGUUGCAAAUCCUAGUCACUUGGAAGCUGUGGAUCCCGUUGUGGUUGGGAAAACAAGAGCUAAACAGUACUAUUCUAAUGAUGCUGACAGGACAAAAAAUAUGGCAGUUUUGAUCCAUGGUGAUGGUAGUUUUGCAGGACAAGGUGUAGUCUAUGAGACACUCCAUCUAAGUGCUCUUCCAAAUUACACUACUGGUGGUACUAUUCAUAUUGUGGUGAACAAUCAAGUUGCCUUUACAACAGAUCCAAGGUCAGGAAGAUCUUCACAGUACUGCACGGAUGUUGCAAAAGCUCUCAAUGCCCCCAUCUUUCAUGUAAAUGGGGAUGAUUUUGAAGCUGUGGUUCGUGUUUGUGAGCUUGCAGCUGAGUGGCGUCAGACCUUCCACUCAGAUGUCGUGGUGGACAUAGUUUGCUAUCGUAGAUUUGGUCACAAUGAGAUAGAUGAGCCAUCCUUCACUCAACCAAAAAUGUACAAGGUCAUUCGAAAUCAUCCUUCUUCGCUUGAUAUAUACAAGAAGAAAGUUCUUGAAUCUGGAGACAUGGCGAAGGAAGAAGUUGAGCAGAUCCAAAAAAAGGUUAUGACAAUCCUCAAUGAGGAGUUUGAUGCAAGCAAGGAAUAUGUGCCUCAAAGAAGGGACUGGCUUUCUGCUUACUGGCUAGGUUUCAAGUCUCCUGAGCAGCUUUCUAGAAUCCGUAACACUGGGGUUAAACCAGAGAUCUUGAAGAAUGUUGGCAAAGCAAUCACGACACUUCCUGAAACCUUCAGGCCGCACAAAGCUGUGAAAAGGAUAUAUGAGAGUCGGGCUCAGAUGAUUGAAACAGGGGAGGGCAUUGAUUGGGCAGUUGGUGAAGCAUUAGCCUUUGCUACUUUACUAGUUGAAGGCAAUCAUGUUCGACUGAGUGGUCAGGAUGUUGAGAGGGGUACUUUUAGCCAUAGGCAUUCGGUAUUACAUGAUCAGGGAACUGGUGAAAAAUAUUGUCCAUUGGAUCAUGUCAUGAUAAAUCAAAAUGACGAGAUGUUUACUGUUAGUAACAGCUCUCUUUCAGAGUUUGGCGUUCUUGGAUUUGAAUUGGGUUAUUCGAUGGAAAAUCCUAAUUCUUUGGUCCUGUGGGAAGCUCAGUUUGGUGACUUCUCUAACGGAGCGCAAGUAAUGUUUGAUCAGUUCUUAAGCAGUGGGGAAGCGAAGUGGUUGCGGCAAACUGGUCUUGUUGUGCUACUUCCUCAUGGAUAUGAUGGUCAGGGACCCGAACAUUCAAGUGCGCGACUGGAACGUUUCUUACAGAUGAGUGAUGACAAUCCCUAUGUCAUUCCUGAGAUGGAACCCACCUUACGGAAGCAGAUCCAGGAAUGCAACUGGCAAGUGGUGAAUGUAACAACCCCUGCCAAUUAUUUCCAUGUGCUGCGUCGUCAGAUCCACAGGGAAUUCCGCAAGCCUCUGAUUGUCACGUCCCCUAAGAACUUGCUUCGUCACAAAAAAUGCAUAUCAAAUCUUUCUGAAUUCGAUGAUGUGAAGGGUCAUCCUGGUUUCGAUGAACAAGGAACCAGAUUCAAACGUCUCAUAAAGGAUCAGAAUAUGCACUCAGAUUGCGAGGAGGGUAUUAGGCGGUUGGUUUUGUGCUCUGGAAAAGUUUACUACGAGCUUGAUGAACAAAGGAGAAAAGUAGAGGGCGGUGAUGUUGCCAUCUGUCGGGUGGAACAGCUUUGCCCUUUCCCAUACGAUCUUGUUCAACGAGAGUUGAAGCGGUAUCCAAAUGCUGAGAUUGUCUGGUGCCAGGAAGAACCAAUGAACAUGGGUGCUUACAGUUACAUUGCACCCCGACUGUAUACUACAAUGAAAUCUGUAAACAGAGGAAGUAUCGAUGACAUCAAGUAUGUCGGCCGCCCUCCAUCUGCUGCAACUGCAACUGGUUUUAUUACCGUUCAUAGCAAAGAACAAACUGAGCUCGUGGAGAAGGCAUUACAACCUGAGCCUAUCCAGUUCCCCUGAAUUGAAGCUUCUGGUUGUUUUUUAUUCGACAAACUGAACCAGUUUUGAGGAAAAGCAAGCACACUGGAUAAGGAAUUUCAUCUCUGUAAAAUUUUGGCAUCAAUAAAAUAAAUACAAGACAUAUAUGUAGAUUUUCAUGACAAAUAAAUUAUGGUUACUUCAAUUGUAUAUUCUUUUGAUGUUUAAUAUUUUUAUCUUCAACACAUAAGUGGUAGGCAUUGUAAUAAUGAUCAUUUUGAUGAUAGUAGUCUCACGGUAAGGUGGUCUUGCUCUUGCAAGACUUGCUGUUUAAGUUUAGUGCUUGCACACCUAGAGCUAGAGGUUUAAUCAAGAUCAACUAAAAAAACUCAAGUUUUGGCUACAGGGACAGAAAAUUUAGGGAUAUAGGACAUGUUUGGUUUGCAAAUUUUGGCUACCAGGGACAGAAAUUUUGCAGUAUUGAAACCGAAAAU